AUGCAUUUUGCGCAGGUGGCAACGUUCCUCCACUUCACCCACGUCACUCAAAGUGUUGCUACAAGGUUUUAUAUUGUCAAUCUCAGGGUGAAACAGGAAGUGAUAAGAAGUAGGAGGGUACAGCCAACGAACAUUCAGCGUCCCUCGAACCUCAAUGUUCCUCAAAGUGACAGAGGUGUUUCCUCCACCCGCGAGGUCGAGUCCCUCAUGAGCGCCUACCGGUUGCUAUGUGAUGCUGUACACCAGAUCAACGCCUUCUACGGAGAUCAGCUGUUGGCCGUCUUAUUUAGCACGUUUUUUAACAUCACGAUCUGUCUUUUCUAUUUUCCCCUCGCUCUAAUGUUCGGAGACAUAAUCACGGCCACUAGCAUCGGAGCUCGGGCUAUCGUCCACUUUACUUACGUGGUUCUAUUAUUCCGUGCAAGCACACUGGUGCAUGAUCUGGCCGACGAAACAGCACCUACGAUCUGCAAGUUGGUCAACACGGAUUUGGACCCAAUUCUGGUGAAAUGCCUUGAAGAGUUUUUACUGCAGUUAGGAAAAAACAAACCAAGAUUAUCUGGGCUUGGAUUUGUUGAUGUUCACAACUCUACACUACCGAGGAUGGCAGCUGCAGUGACCACCUACCUAGUUGUUCUGAUACAGUUUGAAUUGUAA